ACCCGCCCGCCACCACCCCCACGCCUGCCACGCGCCUUGCCGACACCGCGCCUUCCCCUAACGACUAUCCCGACUUGUUCCUCGCCAAACAACCCAACAGCUUCAAAAAAUCCUCCGAACGACUCGAGUACGAACUAUCCCAAUGCAACAUGUACUCUGCGUGCCCAUCGAGGUCAUCGAAAUCGAGCCACUCGGGCUCCUUACUCGUCGAGGACGGAUCAGAUGUGCCGAGGGCCAGGUCAGUCUACCGCCGCAGCGCCAGCUGCCGCAAUCUACGGGACUUCAGUUUCGACGAUGCGGGGCGCGCUAAACGACGCCGCGACACGCGAAGCAUGGUCGCUGACUUAGACUCUUACUACCCUGCGGGACGACGCGUCGAUUCUCCUAUAACACGUUACGAUGAUGCUCGCACUCUAGCAUUCGUUCUGGGUAACAGAGGGUCAAUAGAAUCCCAACGCGAGAUGAUAGGCCGCACGUAUUCAUCUAGUUUCCCAGGCGCCAUCAGCGAACCGAGACUAGAUAUGCCCACUUUCGUUCGUAGCGGCUCUCAGGACGACUUGUCGCACGAUAGUUAUGAAGUCAUCGAACGUUCAGAUGAUGAGUCAGAAAAUCCGCGUUAUGCCCGCGUUCGCCACCGAUCUUCAGUCGUUCACACUCGUUCUUGCUCUUUAGAUUCUGGCAAUGAUUUGCCGUCCGACGAUGAUCAAUCUCUUUCCCAUAUGUCUGAAUGUGAUGAUCAAGAGGCAGAGCCCAAUUUGAUGAUAGGCGUCAAAUAUAGGAGUGACAACGACAUACCGCUCGAUCCAUUCUUGAUCGACGAUCCCAGAGUACUUCCUCGCGAAAAACUAUCUGUCAGGUCCGACGGUAGCUUUUACAAAGAAAUCAAACGUGCUCUCGGGUCUAGAACAUCUAGUCAGGAAUCUAAAAGUGAUAUAUACGAUUCGAAACAUUCAAAGAGUAGUGUCGAUAGCAAAAAGUCACGUGACAGCGUUUACCAUACUGAUAGCAAGAAAUCUCGUGAAACUUUGAAGAGUAAGAGUUCUGACAGGUCUGGCUCUAGAACCUCAAGUCAGGAUUCUAAGUCAGAUUAUUAUGAUUGUAAGAAGAAUUUGUAUGAACCGGACGAAAUAAGCAUUAGGCGCCGGAGCGUUACUAGCAUUCAGAAUGCUUACAUCGAUCCAUUUGAGCCUAUAUCACCAUCGUCUAGUCCUGAUUCAACUAAAGAUUUUUAUGACACUCAAUCUACUUUCAUCAGUAUGGAGAAACCUGAGUAUAGAGAGAAGACGUUAUUCGAUAAAUCACAUGAAGAUCUCAUUGCAAAUCUGGCCAAUUCUCCAAACUAUUAUCAUAUUCCAACUCCAUAUUCAACAUUCCCAAGUAAUAGUAAGCAUAAGGAUCACAGUCCCAUGCACUCCGCUAGCUUGCAGAAUGUGGAACUUGAUCAGUAUGAAAAUUAUUCUGAUUUGAGUCCACCCAAGAAAAUAGAUGAGUUUUCCACCGAGGAAGAAGAUAUGCAUCCAGCUACAACUCAUAUUUGGCCAGAAAAGAUAGUUGGCCUCGAUACAGAAAUAGACAACAGUCGAGCGGCGAAAAUUCACAGUUACCAGCGACGCCGCUCUUCUGAGACGGUUUUCAGCUUUGACAAAGAAAAGAUUGAGUCACUGACACGAUCUAUCAGCAAAGAAAAUGCUCCAUCGCAUCUUGUGAAAGAAUCUUCUAACGAGUCUGAUGUUAAUGUCCGUAUUUUACCGGCAAUGGAUAGUAUUGAGUAUACUAAAAAUAAAGUUAAAGCUGCUGCUAUGCAAUCAGGAUCUCCCUCGAUACUGCAAUCAGAAUUUGACAAAAAUAUGCGCGGCAAAGUUCAUACGCAUAUGAUAAGGAAAGAAAAUUUGAAAGAAGAGUUAAUGGCUAAAACUCACUUCGAUGAAUAUAAUCCAAAACUUAUUCUUGAAACAAGUUCAAGCAGUCGUUUAACAGAUGCCGCUGUGCCGUACUCUCAUCCAACAGUCGAGCGUACUAAGAGUGAUCCAAAUAGUUUGGCAAAUAGACCAAGAUUCAGCAGUGUGAACUCUCGAAGACAUGUUUUGAUGCACCAGAAGUCGAUAGAUCUAACUCCAGCAGAAUCCAGUGACGAAGAUUACAUAUUCCGACAAAUACCCAGUGCUCCACCUAUUGCGACUAAACGAUCACAUUUCGAACUACCGUCUAGACAUCCAGACCACGUGCGUCCGCCCUUUGACUUGCCCAAAAAUUACUUUAAAGAAUUUGAUGCUUUCAAAGCGGGAAUUAAAGAUACUAAGAAAGUCGUAGACGAUGGAUAUGACAUUCCUUAUGUAUUACACAAGCGGCAUGUUAUGAACGGAACGGCUCCGUCACCCAUGGAUGAUGGUCGACAACCGCCGCCAGAUAUUAUCAUGCUUCCGCCACAAAAUGGCAGGCAUAUUGUUAGCGCUCAUCCAAGAUGCAAGUACCAUGAUCAUCCAAAGUCGCCACGAUCUCCUAAGUCACCAAAGUCGCCGAAAUCUCCAAAGUCGCCUAAAUCACCAAAGUCUCCCAAAUCACCCAAAUCGCCCAAAUCACCCAAAUCGCCAAGAAAUAGUAUACAAGUUGAACAUAGUUCCAAAUUCCUAGAGGUUGAAAAUCGAGACUUUUUGUUCACACAGAACAUAGAUUUGUCCAAGGUGGAUCCCGUUACUUUGGAAGUGGACAAGACUUGUCAGUUGCAGCACUUGCCAAGUCCAAAGAGAGAUAUUUCUAAGAAUUUGGAUCCAGUUUUACUUGAGACAUUAAACUCUAAAUUGAGUCAGAUUGAAAGUGAUUCUGCUACCAGUUCAAAAACUGAUAGCAUCAGACAAGAUCCUCAGUUCCCACAUGAUAUAAAGUUUACAAUAAACGGUCGUAAUGUGCAACAACCGCCUAUUUGUAAAGAGCCAAAGCCUAUGACAGCUGCUGAAAAGUUACGAGCUGAUAUCAAGUCCAGGUCUGAUAAACUACCAUCUAAAAGAGGAACUAAGGGCCGUGGCACUGGAAAGAAAGGAACCGGCGGUAAAAUAAAAAAUAAAAAUAGCAACAAGAUAAGAAUUACUUCCUUCUCUUCGGAUGACGAAAGUGUAGAUUCUGACGACGUAUUCGGCACAGCGGAAGCUGCACCGAAAUUGGAAUUCUCACCGCCACAAUCACGUAAAGAUCUGGAACCUAUAUUGCAACUUGAGUAUGAUAAAAUUACAUCCGGUGCCUGGCAUCGCGGUCAGACCAUGAGUUCCACCGAAAUAGAAGGUUCACCACCUCAGUGUCGAAAACUAGCCGAAUUAGAAGCUAAAUAUAACCCACAAGUACUUGACAAUGUGAGUGGCAAUGCUACAGAACUGAGACGAAUUUCAGAACGAUCGAUAUCUAUUCCUAGCUCAGAAGAUGACAUAGCUAUUAAAAUACCAGAUAUUAAACAAACCGGUAAAGAAAACUCUCCUUGGGAAUACAAUGAAAAUAUUCCUUCGCCCAUUUUGGAGAGUACAGAGUUUUUAAAAUCAGAAGAUGAACAUUUAGCCGACAUAGAAAUACAAAAAGUGACUGGAUUGCGAAGUCAGUCUGAAGAGAAAAGUGAGAAAGAUGAAAAAAGAGAUCCUAGCAAACUUGAUAUUAAAAAGAGCUUACGUGAUGAAUUGAUUUCGCCUAUGCUUCGAAAAGCUGGUGGAACACCAAUACUUUUUGCUCAUGCAAGGUUGAAUCUUUCUGAAGGAUCUGUGUUUUCAUUGCAACGGCAAAAGGCUACACAAGAUUCUCCAACUGCAGGUCGUAGAGCAAAGAGCUUAGAUACUCCUGUUAUUCAGUUACACAGAUUACCGCCGAUGAAUGCGUUUUCAUCAAAAGAUGAUACGGUAGAAGAUAUAAACGAAGAGGGAGAAAUAUUAGAGGAAAAGCCACUUAUAGAUGAAAAAACUAAUAAAACAAUAACAAGUAAAGAUACUAUUGACAAAAUUGAAGAAGUUGAUGAAGAGCAAUCUGAACCCCCGGAAGAAAUCAAGUCCGUAGUAAUAGAUAAUGAAGAAUUGCAAUUGUUAGAAGGAUUAGUUGAGCAAAGACGACCGCGAUCGUUCAAACGUCGAUAUGAUUUGACAAAACUUAAUUCACAAGCCAAAUCUCCUUCGCGUUCACCGCUUACCAGAUCACCUCUUUCUCGGUCUCCUUUAUCAAAAUCGCCUUCGCGGUCACCCACAUCAUCUUUGAAUUCUCCCAGAGGCAGUAUUCGUAAACUGUCCGAUUUGAGUGAAGAUCAAAUUGUGCCAGACAUUGAAAGAAUCAAACGCAAAGAGAAGAAGAAACUCACGCUUAAACCUAAACCUGAAGACAAACAGAAAGUUAAUGGCAAGCUUAAUAAAGGAGGCUCUUUGGAUACUAAUGCUACAAAAGUGAAGGCAUUGCAAACGCAGAAAUCUUUGCCAUCGUCUUUAAAAGAACGACCAGAAUUCUUGACCGUCCCUCCUCUUGAGAUAGCGCGUGCUAAAAGUCAAGAAUUGGAACAAGCAGAACGUAAAAAAUUGGCGAAAGAGAGGUCCAAAUCUCUUGAGAAGAUGGAAAUUAAACGGGGUGGAAGUAAAGAAAGAACAAAAUCUCAAGAAGACAGUGAUACAGAGAUAGCUAAACGUAAAGAGAAACAACAGAUGCUUUUUGAAGCGGCAUUGAAACAAACCAAAACGCUAAUCAGUCCGGUAAAAGACACCAUGCCGCCUUUCCCACCGCCAGAGGAUAAAAUUUUGGUAAAGACAGAGGGUGACAAAAUUAUUAUAGAAACAAAGAUUAGUAGCAAAGCUGAAGAUCAUGUGUUUAUUGCAAAAUCACCGAAGAAACUUGAUAAUAAGAUAGGUGGUAAAAUUAGCAGAAGUUUUGAAGAUCAAAAAUCUUCUAAAUCAAGUAAUAAAAUGAAUAAAAGUAUGGAUGACAAGUCUAGUCAGUCCUUGGAGGAUAAGUUCGAUGAUCUAGCUACUUUGCAAAAGUCUCCUAAAACACUAUCUAAAAAGCAAGAGUUCAAACAGCAAAUCGAAGGAAAAGUUGUAUAUGAGAAGAUUCAUCCUAGUGUUAAAUCUAAGAGCUUAGAUAGAAAAGCAGAUAUUCAUCUGGAUGCGGCGGCUAAAUCAAAGAGCCUUGAUAGAAAUUAUGUUACCCCGCCAACUGAUACGCACCCAGAUGUUAUUGAGAAACACUUUAAACAAGAAGUGGUAAAAGUGGAUGUACACCCCACUGUUAAAGAAGAAACAGAAUCUAAGGAAAUCGACGUUAAAGAAGUGUCACCCUCACACAGUUACAAAACUGAGGAUGAAUCUUCUAUUGAAUGGAUGACGAGUUCGCAACACACAGUUAUUGAAAAUGAUACUCAAACUGUCAUAAUAGAGCGUCGUAAAAUUGACAUUUACAAUAAGCAGAGAGAGCUUCAAGAAAGUAAGAGCAGUCAAGAUAUACAUGAACUUGUGACUGAAAGAAAACGCGAAGUAGCUCGUUUAACUAGUGAAGAAGAAUCUCUUACUGAAGUUAGUGAACUUAAGGUUUCUGACGAAAGUCAUAUGUUGGGCAUAUCUUUGCCUUAUAUUGAUGCUGAUAGUUCAUCGGACCAAGAUCAAGGUUCCAGGAAAGAGAAGAAGGUAAGACUAAUUCGUGGUAAAAGUGAUGAUACUGGAUCGUGGGUUACUGUUGAUUACGAUGAAUACACUGGAGAUACGGAACUACCUCUUUCAGAUAGUAACAUGAGCAAUAGGACCAGUAAGAGCAAAAGAAGGCUGGAUGCUCAAGGCACAUUUGACGAGACAUCCAGUUUGGUUGAGUUUCUUAAACACGAGUCAAUGUCACAAUUAGUAUCAGAUACUGACACUGACAGUAAAUCUAAAUCUAGAGAUCUAUCGAAGACUAUCGAUUUGACGUUGAAGUGGAAAAAUAAAAACAAAAUAAUUGUUACGCCUCCACAAGAAAAUAGUCCAACAAUUGAAAACAUACCGUUUAUUGACUCUAGCACAUCGAAAUCAACUAAUAAGUCUGAAUCUGGAGAGCAUACUGGUAGUUCAGGGAGUGAUAAAUCUCCAACUGAACAAAAGCCUGAUAAGAGGACGUUACUGACAGCUAAAUCACGACGCAGUGAGCUAUUGAAACUUAGCGCAGAGCGUUCACGUAGUUCCGAGUCAACUUCAUGGACAAGCAUUGAAAAAGACGUGAGCCCUUCAAGCGCUAAUAUCAAAGGUAGUUCUAUUGAUGACGAAUCGAGCGUAAGUUGUUCCAUCGCAAGACCCCUCGGUAUAUCGCAAGAUAUCGAAAAACUGAAUAAGAAAGACAGGGAGUGCUUAGAAGAACUGAAACAAGCCAUGGAAUACGGCGAAGAGCAUUUGCUUUCUCAACACACAAUAUCGAGUGACCACUCUAAGUCUAAUUCAAAAUCUCCUUCGCCAAUACCUGAAAUGGCGCGUAUGGAAAGUCCACGUAGUCCUAGGAGUCCGAGGAGUCCUUCGAAGUAUGGCAUGAGAAAAUCGCCUACUCCUACAUUAGAGAAACAAGGACAAGUUGAUUCACAAAAGGCGCCUACUGAUUCUGAAUCUAGUUCGGAGAGUCUCGAUAAGACCGUAGAGCAGCUUGCAAGACCAAGCGCUAAGAAAACCGGUUUAGAGAAAAUUGGUAAAUGUGUUAUUGAAGAAUCGGAGUCUAGUCAAUCUGCUGCCUCUAAAACAUCCGACAUCAAGAAAGACUUACAUAGAACUGUGAAGAAAACUAAAAUAGCAAUAACAAUAUCACAAGAAGAUCAGAACACUACUAUUGAUUUUGACGACGACGGUAACGUUAUAACGUCAUCAUUUGAAAGAGAACUUAUGAAGAAAAGAUCCCUUAAAGAUACCGAUCAAAAAAGCUCUUCUAAAUCUAGCAUGGAUAAUACGACUACUACUACGACUCCAUCCAAAGGUUCUCUUAGUGUCGACGAUUCUUCAUCAAGAAGAAAGGGACGUCUUGACGAGCAGAAGAGUUCUUCUAAAUCCAGCAUUGAUUCGCGAGGAUCGCUUAGUGUUGAAUCUAGGGGAUCGUUUGAGACAACGGAAUCUACUUCAGGAAGCCUUGGCGAAGCAUAUCGUAGGGGUGAGGAAUUAAAACCUACAUGGAGACCGUUCUUUGGGGCCUCUGGCAGUGAGAAUAGUACUAGCAUAGAAGAGGCGUGGAUUCCUCAAGAUCAUGAAGGUUAUGAAAGUUUAAAUCUAAAUAAAGAUGUAUUUGAAUUUAAUAAUCAAAGAUUACUGGACGAUUUCCAAUCGUUUUCAAAAAACCCACCAUUGUCUGCAAAUACGUCGAAAGAUUCCACAGAAGCGGACUUUACGGAUGAUCUUAAUGACUUCCCUGUUAAUUUCUUAUAUCCGGCUACUUCAUCAUCAUCAACGACUAAUGACGUUGUUAUAGGUUAUGGUCAAAAUUUCGGUCGUACUUUGUCUCGUAUAUCGGAGCGCAGUACAGCUUCUGAAAAGACAAGUGCUGAUGAAGAUUCUACUAAAGCAUGUUCUCGAUCUGAGAGUAUCAAUGAAGAGUCUUUGAAUUCUAGUGAUCACCAGGCCAGUCUUAGUUCUGAUCCUCCCAGUAAUGCCAACGUCGCGUACAUAUCUGAUACAGAUCGAAGGACUUCAGCUGAAAUGCCAGAUAUUCCUAUAGACCAAACGAAAAUAAGUGAGAUGUACGCGGAAUCUAGAAAAGAUGCUGGAAAGAAUGAUGCUUGGGAGUCCAAAAAGUCAAAUGAAAGUCCAGCAAAAGGUAAAAAGACUUCAAGAAAACCAACUUUGAAACAAUCCUCUGCUAGUGAGAGUCAAGAAUCUGAAGACUGGCCAUUGCCGGAAUUGCCGCCACAAGCCAAGGGCGGCGAUGGAGGAGACUAUGGUCGAAGGAGCUCUGAAGAGUGGCCUCCGGUGCCGAAUCUUCUAGAAACACCAAUAAUUGAGAAGGUUCACAUUUACUACAUGAGCAACGAACCGGAACAAGCGACCAAGGUAACUCUUCAAUCAGAGAGCUCAAUAGGUAACUUACAGGGGUCAGACGAUGACAGCGACACUUUAAACAACGACGAUGAUUUUGAAAAAGAUAUCCCUGAAUCUAAAUCGGAUAAGUCUUUGGAGUUUAGUGAUGUUUCGCCGAAAAAUGUUAAAAUUAUACCUUACGACCAGUCUAGCUAUAUGGUGGAUCCCCUUGAAAAACAUGACGAAUCCUCUUGUUUAAACAAAGGCGUUGUACCUAAUUAUGAUAAGUCGUGCUUAAGUGGGACUAUAAGUAAAGCUACAUGUUUGAUGGGCGAUAUAGGCUCAUGCUGCACGCGAUCUGAGCAUAAAUCAUUUGUUAUUAAAAAUGUGGAAGACAAAGUGAUCAUCAAUCAACCACAGAAAUCUCCUACAAAUCAUAGUCCAAUAUUUGAAGAUGCUGAUGACGUAUUUGGCGGAGACAGUAAAUCAGUGUCUCCUGAUUUUGACAAAGGUUUUUCGCUCUUAGGUACACAAAAAUAUUCUUUCGGUUCAAACUCCGAUACGUCUAUUGAUGAUUUACUUUCACAAACUAAUGCUGACGAGACAGUUAGGGCUGCAACCAAGUUGAGUACAGGAAGCGCCAGCACUUGUAAGAAAUGCAGUCACAGCAGUCAUUCGGAAGAAGAAACCAGCUCAUUUGGAACAGAUUUAGACGGCACUGUAAAAAUUGGGUUACCUCAAAAGAAAUGCACUCAUAGUUCUCAUUCGGAGGACACAUCUGUUUGCUUGAGUAUUUCUGAAUGGUCAACUGGGACAAACACUGUGAGGCAAUAUGCCAAUCUCUCCGCUUCUGAAAGUAUAUCAGGCGUGUCUGUGCCUAAAAGCGAAAAAUCCGAGAAUAUGUCAGCGAAGGUAUAUUCGUCAUCUCACGCUAGUAAAAAAUCUGAGCAAAAGCCUAAAAAAGCUUCUCAUGCCGAAAUGAGUUCGAAAAGCAGUAGCUUAGAUAAAAGUUCUGAUAAUAUAAAGUAUGAUAAACUCUGUAGUUCUGAUACUACAGUAUCGAGGAAAGGCAUAGACAGUAGCUCUGGGACUAAAAGCGACAGUACUUUGACUUUGGCUCAGUCCAUAUCUGAAUGGUCUGCCAGCACAAGUCAUACACUCGUUGCGACCGCGCGCGAAGAUCCACAUGAUGAAUAUUCUAAAUCUGAACACACGCCCGUUAUUGAACUCCCUGAAAACGAUGAAGAGGAAGACCAAGAAGAAAUCGAAAUAGCAAGGUCGCCUUUGCCACCCAAAGAAAUGUUCGAGGCUAAGGAGCCUGUACUCAGACUGACCGCUCCAUAUUCAGGGAAAAACGAUAAAUCCUCGUCUAUUAGUUACAGCGACAAGUCAGAUAAAUCGAGCUCUAGCUCUUUGAGUAGUCUUCAAAAACACGCGAAUGGCGUUCUCAGAUUUGACCAAAGGCUAAAAGGAUUUCAAGGCGCACAUGUCGGCACACAUGGCCGCUAUCAAAAGGCGCCGCCAAAGAGCAUGAGUUACGAAGAACAGACGCACAGGUAUGCGAGGCCGACGACUCGUUGUGCGAGUGAGGACAGCGGCUUCAAACCUUAUGUGGUAGCACCGCAACCAGAAUUGGAUAUCGACAUGCCUUCUCAGCUUUACAGCCAGGAAGAGAAACACAGUGAACGGUAUCAGAGUCAAGAGUUUUCUAACAUACUGCGUGAAGAUGGAGGUCCUUUUAUGAGAUCUGACUAUAAGCCAUUGGCAAAACACGCGAGCUACGAUGAUAAGACAUUGUCUAAAAAUCAAAUAAAAGAAUAUAAGACUUCUCAACAAUAUCGCAACAAACCCAAGAGCUGGUCGUUCCACGAACAUUACUUGGCAUCGUCUGACUUGCCAGUCAUAUCGGUGCCUGAGAUACCUUCAGUCCAUAGGGAAUUGCCUGAAAAGAAAUUAGCAGAGAGAUCUGGAAAAACUCCACUCUCACGCUGUUCGCCUUACUACUCUAGUAGCCUUAGUUCAGAAUCGCCUCCCAUACAGCCUCUGAAAGCGCCAGUGAAGAAAUCUUUCUUAGUGAGAAACAUUUCACUGAAGAGUCCGCCCAGUGGCAAUGACACUGACAGCUCUUUGGACGUUAUUAGGGAUCCCAGGGAGCGAAUGAGGACAUUUAGACGUAAGAAACAAGUGACAGGAGCGCGUAAAAAACAAGAGAAAAUACAAGAUGUGCUAGAGGAGGAUUCGACUAAAAGCCAGUGUUCCUCUGAAAGUGAUUUGCAUCACGACGGGAAAUAUUUGGUAGUAGAAGAUACUCUACGUAGAAUGGAGAGCUCGGAGUGCUCUGACAGCUACCUUCCCGAGGUGGAAUCUGGUUCGUCAGAAGUAUCCAAAGGGGAUUCAAAGAACUAUGAUAUACCAGACCCUGUCAGUUAUUCCGAAGAUGAGGGUCAAGCAGGAUAUGCUAAUUAUAAAGGCAAUAAUUAUGAACAACAGCAGUUUCCUAUCAGUAUCACUCCAGUUCAGUUCCAAGGCUUCGGAUCGUCUGCUGACGAGGAUGAAAUGGGCUUCCCGAGGUUUGACCGAUUGGGUCGUUUACGUCACCCGUACCUCGACUCACAGGAGCCGCCUUAUGUGCCUGAGGACAGCCCUCCUCGAGUGUCAUAUUCUAACAAAAGUAGUCGUCAAUCGUCUCUCAAGAGAGCAAAGUCUUCUUCAGGGUAUCGCCAGUCUGAAGAUGGUGAACCUUCGGGCCAGCAACAGCCGAGAACGAUAUAUUACGAUGAACAAAGUGACAGGGAUGAUUCUGAUGAUUACGCUUAUCCUAUUGAUACUAUAAAAAGAGCUCCUAAAAUGACUAAAUCGGGUAGCAACUAUCUUUUUGAGCGCGGGGAAUCGGUAGCCUAUUCCGAUACAGAACUGUCCCACGAUAAGGAUGAAUACGAGGAAUAUAGAGGCAGUCCAUAUCCAGAUCAUUAUGAUGAAGGUGAUAUGUUCCAAACGCAGGAAUGUUAUCCCCAGUACGAGCAUGAGAUGGACCCUGGGGAUGGCAACGACAGGCAGUACACAAGAGAUCUCGACCAACGAUUCAGCUUGAACAAUGUCGAACGAUUCUAUUCUAGUCAUUACGUAGACUCUCAAGCUUCUAGCGACAGCCCUGAGCAAAAGUUUGACGUGUCUACUCUUCCCCCACCUCUGUGCUCCGAUGACGAAAACGAUUAACGUUUAAACGUUUAAAAUUUAACGAUAAUUUCAAGCUUAUAAUAACUUAAACUGUUGUCAACCCUACCCAAGUGUGGAUGUUUGUGGUCGGUUGCGAGCGUUCCCGCAUUUUGAAAUUAAAUUCUAAUUAACGCAAUUAUGUAUUGUUACAUUGAUAUUAGGGUACUCAUUAUAUUAAAUCACUUUGAUUACUUAGAGUAAAUAUUAAAAAGUCUAGUGCCAAUCCCGGGUAGCGCGUCCCUUUGACUAUCGUGUAUUCGGACUUUACCUAUAGCUUAAUAAGUACUUAGGUGUAGUUAUGUGUACUGAACGAAAGUAUUAUAUAGUUAACAUUUUAUCAAAAUAAAGUUUAUUCCUGUGAGUAUCAAACAUGUCUAUGUCAAAACGUAAUCGGCUCGUAUAUUAGUUUAAGCUUAACCAAGAAUCUCACUUGUGGUAUACACUAAGUACAUAGUGCCAAAUUCUUCUAGUCAAAAUAUUUAGCUGUUCAUUAUACUCGUUAUGUUUAUAACCUCUAUUGUUGUAUUCCACGAAAAUAGUAUGUAUAAAGGCUGUGAUUUACUUUGUGAGAUCCAAGAUCUUCGUUUUAUUGUAAUUGUUAUGUUAUUGAUACCUAUUUGUUCGAGGAAAGACUGAAUGAAAAGUCUUUUUUACUUUUAAAAGUCUCAUAUUGGAAUAUUUUAUCCCAAGACUGCCACAUUUAUUCACUAUUUCUCACUUAUAACACAUUACUGAUAUCGUGUCAAAUCUGCUCAAAACUUUUCGCAUUUUAUUCGAUGUUAUUAGAACAUGCAUGUAUGAAAAUGUGACGUUAGUGAGGAUGAACGGAUAGCGAAUAAUCAUGGAAUCGAAAUGUUUGAAUUUGGAAUAGUAAAUUUACAUUUAAUUAAAUUUAAAUUAUAGUCAACCGCACAUCAGUUAAAGCAAAUUUGAUAUUUACCAUCACAGAAUUUUAUGUCGGUGCGUGACUUUGAUAUGUGACUGGCUGUACAGCUGUUAUAGUUUAAAAAACUGUUUCGAUUGAUAAAUAAUGUUACAUUUUAAUACGUUAAAAUUUACAUCGAUAAUUUACAAUUUGGCUUAAAUUAAACGAAUAAUACGUUUUGUUCUCAUAAAAUUUAAGUAUAGAUAAAUUGUGCAAUAUUAGUCACUUACAAUUAUUUUGUGGUUAUAUAAUAUCUAUUUUAAAUUUUGGACGUCGACGGAAAAGUUUCUUUUAGUCUAUUUAUCUAAUACGUAACGUACAAUUGGCUACUUGAUUGUGUAACAAAAUAAAUACAUAAAAGUGGUACUUAAAUACACGAUAAUUAAAUGUCACUUCAUUGAUCAGUUUUAUUAAAUUACGUAGUUUACAAUGUUUUUUAUUCUCAUUUAAAAUAUGUAUGCAUUUGACUCCAAAAAUCGUGACGUUCUAUAAUAUACAUCACUGUCAUACAAGCUCCAUAUUUUUUUUUGUUUUUGAAAUAAGAAAAAAGUAUCUGAUUUGACUAGAUGGAGAGUAGCCAAUAUUUCCUUCAUAGUGGUCCUAUUACAUUAAGCAAACCUUGGGUUUUGUUCGUUUUUACAUUAAUAUAUUACAGUAAUAAUGGCACUAUUUGACAACAAUUUCACAUACCUCAUAUAAAAAUCCCCAAGUAGACUCGCCCCGCGAUAUGAUUUCCCGAGAAUACCGUGCAUUAUCUCAAGCUACACUCGCGUUUCGCAAUGUACACGAGUCUAUCUAGGGCUUAAGAUAUGGAAAACCUUCCCAAACUACUCAUUCAUCGUCCGGUGUAUGAGUUUUAUUUACGUUUCGUAUCAGAAAUGUUUAAUAAAAUUUACCUAUUAAGAUUAAAAUAGAUAGGAUAAAAUAUUGAAUUUACGUCCUAGAAACCUUGAAACUUUUCAGUAUAGCAUACGCGAUUUUUAAGCUUAAAUGAUCACAGUACACGCCUACGGCUAAAUUAUACAAUUGAAAAAAGUUGAAAUUUCUGAAUUAUUGUUUUAAUACAAAAGUUAUUCACUACUGAUAUUAUCUUUAAAAAGUUUUAUAUUGUAAUUUGCUUACAUGAUUCUUGCGUGCGUUAUUGGAAAUUAGUAUGGCUGUAUUGAAAGGUUUAACCAAAGCGAAAUAAAAGUGUUGAAAUAGAUUGUUACAAUAGCUUAUCUGUGUUAAAACGUGAUUCGUUUUCAGCUACCUAUUGAUUUGCUCAGCCAAAAUACUAUUUUUCCAUAGACUCGAACCUUGGGUUUUGUUGAUGUUUUUAAAUAAAAGAAGAUUAUGUAAUUCGAUUAUCUUACAUUAAUUUUAUACAUUUUCAUAUUAAUUUUAAGGAGCAAUGAAUGACAAUUCUUAAUUUUUUUCAUCUGUAUAAAAAAUAUCACAUUACAUCAUUAUCACAUAAUAAAUAAAUAAAAUAAAUUUAUUUCAGACAUCCUCAUUACACGAAAAUAUAGAUAACUGAUUUCAUAACUAUAUUCAAUAGUUUAAAUAACGAACACGCUUUUCUUCGUAAUAAUAUACAGUAAAAAAUAUAAUGUGGUUCGUUUAAAUUUAUAUUUUAUUAUGUCCAUUUUGUAUUUUUUAUAACUAUCACGUCUACGGCAUCACUAAAUUGCAUGAUGUAAUUAAACAUAUGGUCUGAUAUUUUGGUAGACUGUAGGUAUUUUGGAUUGUUUAAGCAAUAAUGAAUUAAUUUGCCGAUUUCCUAGAGAUUGUAUGUCAUUUCUAUUGAUAAAAGCGCCACAGUGGCGGUCUGCGUGGCUGCAUAGUGUUCAAUUAAUUACAAAAAUUAAAAAAAUGUGUCAAAGGUCGUGUGUGCACGAAGCAAUUUUAGACUAUUAGCUGUAAGGGGUCAGCGACCUCCCUAGUUAGUGCAAAACAAUCGGUAUUAAAUCAUAGAAAUUAAGUACUUCGAUUUUUCGAUUGAAAAUGUACAAUCCGAAUAGACUGUAAUAUUACGAUGUCAUUAUUAUUGAUUUAUUGUCACGUAUAAAUAUGGAUAUUGUUUCGAGUAUUAAAAUGUUACUUCCUUUUUGAAUUUAUAUGUGAAUGUAAGUGUUCGGUAUCCCUGCAAUACCCGACACUAAACCCCUCUGGGGAUAGUUAAACAUUAAAUAAAUAAAUUUAAAUGAAGUUUCAAUCAAUUUUUUUUUGUUGAGUUUGUACCUUUUUAAAAUUUCUAAGCUGCCAGGAACAAAUGUGUAAGUUAAAUUUAGUCAUAUUGCAUUUGCAUGUAUGUUAUUUUAUAGUCCGCUGUAUUUUUUUAAUUGUAAAAGUGCUUAUUAUUUUUAGAUUUAAUUUUUAAUUUUUUAGGAAUUAUUUUCAGCUUCCACAUCUCCAGGCAAUCCUAUUCCUUGACCGAUUACUUUUUAUUUAUUUCUAUUAUUUUUGUUAUUUUCAUGUUUUAUAAAAAAUAUGAUUUUCUUAACGUGCGUUUGUGGUUAAAUAUUAGAUUAUUAACCCUAGUACGAAUAUUUUAUGGUUCACAAUACUAUUUAUUAUUAUUAUUUUUCAGUUAUACUAUACUAUUCUGCAAUAAUACUGUUACUGUAACAUUUUUCGUAUUUGAUAUUUCACUCACAUAUCAAAUAUUCUAAUGUAAUUUUACACAACAGACGACACGUCGCCAGAGGAAGAGGACAUCACAGUCUCAUCGGCAAGUCUAUGCAUGUCGCCGAGCAUGACAGAGA